AUGUAUCGUAUCAAUAAUUGUCCUUCGUUUACUGGUCUAUACACCGUCACCAACGAAUAUGAUGAAAUCCGCAUUAUGGUAUUGACGCCAACAAAAGCUUUGGAUUUCUUAAAGGGACCUUUUGAAAAAAUGCUUGGUUCUCUCAGAGAGAAUAAUCACCAGGAACCAACUGUGUACUUCACAGACAAUGUCGAUGCUGACAGAAGUUUCUUGGAAUCGGUCUUACCCUCAUUAAAGGAAAACGUCAGACGUAUCGAAGAUCAUAGCAGUGUAGUCGAAAGAUCUUCCAGCCUGCCCAGACUUGCCUUCGUCUGUCAUUGUUCAUUGCUCCGGUGUAUGAGAUCAAGAGAAGCAUUCCUUGUAGGACUAAAAGAAUUACUAGCUUCUGAAAAUAUUGUUAAGAUUGGUCGUAGCGUAGAGGCCGAUCUAGAGCGAAUGCACAAAGACUAUGGUGUUAGUUAUAAUGGGUUCUUAGAGCUCCAUCGAUUAUGUUAUGAUGUAGGCUUACUGAUAUCAAUCGGAAAAGACUCCUCUUUGGCAGCGCUAACUGGUAUGGUUCUCGGUCGCACUCUUCCUAAAGGAGAUGUCAGAACAAGCAACUGGGAUGCCAUCACGCUAUCAGCUGAGCAGAUCAAAUACGCUGCUUUGGAUGCAUGGGUCUCUUUGGAGAUAUUUAAAGAAAUUAAUCACCUUCCUCGAGUAAAUCAAAAGGUCACACCUUUAGAUACGGGUGUGCCAAACCACAUAGCGUAUACCUCUACUUGUUCUGGUAGCCCAUGCACAUAUGGUUUUGUUGUUGAUCAAGAGGAUAAUAAUCAUUUCUUUUUGAGAAGCCAUCAAUUUGAUUCGCAUGCCAAUUCAGAUAUCAUAGUUAGAAGAAAAUGCAUCGUUGUUCAAGUCACCUCAGUUGUCAAAAGAAACAUGAUCGCAAAAUGCCACAACUCCCGACGUUUACCAAAUGCUGAAAAGAAGUGCCUUGGUGACCUUGAGACAGCAACAUCUGUGGAUAGGGGUAAUGACUCCCAAUUUUAUUUGGUGGUCGAAGUAUCAAACUUGAUAACGACAGCAUCAGUUGAUAUUUUAAAGAAAUAUUUUCUUUCCCCUUGCUCCCGAGCCGAUCCUCUUAUACCACCUAUUAGUCAAAAUAAUGAUGAUGCACCUGCUCCUAGCUCUCAUGCAAUGUCCACCAUUCCUGAGUUGCCCUCGAGGGUAUUAAAAGACAUUUUUCAUCUGAUGGACAUGAUUCCAGAAUCCAAGUUUCACAGUUGCUCAAAAGAGUUUAAGCGAUUGUUUAGGGAUGCAUUGUUUGUUGUUAACGAAGAAGAUAAGGUGAGAGUAUCGCAUGUUCUGGAAACGAAGCUCCAAACGACCUUUGAAGAAACAUUAUUGUGUCAUUCUUCGUGGCUUCUGAAAAGAGUUAGGAGAGUUGUCCCUCCACCUCAUGAGCUAUAUCCAGUUAUGAAAACACUGUUCGAUGAAUGCUCGAGGUGGUACGACCCUCGUAAAAAUUUGCCUUUAUUUGAUGACCUAUGCAAAAAGAAGUGUGAAGCCGUUCUGCGGAAAAUAGAAGCUGGUCAUGUCUCAGAUCCUGUAGGUGUACCUUUGUACAGACAUAUCAAAACGGACAAGUACGGACUGAAUAUCUACCGAUGCCUUAGAGGUACUUCCAGUGUUGAGGGGGGUGUUCACCGGAACAUAAUUCGCAAGUUUGGCUUCUUCAACAGUUCUCCCGAACUUGCUAAUUGCGCUCUUUCUGAGUAUAGACUGAGACACAAUAUCGAAGUUGGUUGUAGAAAUAGGUUUGGAGUGGAGCAUAUUGGCCACCACAAUCCUUGGCUUACUCAAAAUAUAAAUAAGCUUAAGAUGCAAUUAGGCCACAGGUUUAAAGGAACCUACCAUAAUCAUGAUGGGACCACUCUGUCAUUCAAGGAUGGAUACGAGACUUUUGGAGUGUGUCAAAUACCCUUAGAUUGGGCAAACACGUACAGAAUGGAGCCAGGUACCAGAAUAAACAGCCAGAAUGUAUAUACUCGCAUUGCUGAACAGGUAGCUGUUUUACCCUGCGUAAACAUAAACAAGACCGAGCAAUCUGUAUAUGAAUACCUUGCGUUACUGCAAAACGUCGCGCUUGCUGUUGUACCUGUGAACACAAUGGAAGAAAAAAAACUUUUUAAAACUAUUUUAGAAAGAAACCCUCAGUAUAACGGGAAAGAGCCCAACUGGGAGGAUUUCUGUAUCAUUUGGUCAGGUUUUUGUAACAGCCAAGAAAACAACAAUUCGGGUAAAAACUUGUUUUAUAAAACGCCGUAUCAUCUCAAAUCAUACUAUGGUCGAAAUAUUGAAUACAAAACCGAACGCGUAUCUAUCGAAGUUAUCAACGCAACCUCCAUGGAAAUUGUUGAAAAUGCAAUCAUACCUUCUAAUCGACCUCAAGUUCAGCAUCUUGAGCCAACCAACUUUUUGCUCUUUUCAAAUACAUACACGGACAUAGCUCCAAGAACAAUCUCGCCAACACAAAUUUCUACCUCCACUCGCAAUUCCCAAUCGCCACAGCGUAUUCAUCCUGCCAUUCGAUCUUUGGAUCUGCAUACAUCACGUGCCUCCUUCCUUGUCACAAUUGUAAUCCAACUGCUUGUAAAGGCCGUCAAAAUCCUUCACAUUGCCAUUUAUAGCUGA